GUCAUCAACGUGCGCCAUCAACACGCCGAAGGGAGCAGCAUUCACGACCUUUCACGCUGAUUCCUUCUAUAAUGUUGGUCAGGAAAUGAUACGAGGGCAUUAAAAGUGUGCUUGACUGUGAAAUGAGCCUUAAUUGCAAAAUGUUUCGAUUCUCCGGCUUAAUUUUCGGAAGAGGAGUCGCUAAAAGGUUCUCCUCUUCGUUCUCCGGUGAGAAAACGCUGCCUCCAAACUUACUGCUGCCCUCCAACCUCAUCGAUCCCGAGAGAUUAAAGCGCUCUCCUCCCCCCGCAGACUGCUCCCUGCCCCUGCUCAGGCGGUGCGACGCCGUGGUUCCCGCCCACCUGAGGCCUGUGCAGACAUGGGUGGACACUCUGGGGAGGAAGGACAGCGAGCCGCUGGGUCUGGCUCAGCUCCACCCGGACGUCUUCGCAGUGCAGCCGAGGCUCGAUGUUCUACACAGUGUUGAAAUAUGGCAGAAGAAUUACAAAAGGAUUAGUCACGCCAACACAAAGGUCCGAUCAGAGGUCCGAGGAGGAGGCAGGAAGCCAUGGAAACAGAAAGGAAGUGGAAGGGCUCGCCACGGAAGCAUCCGGUCACCGCUAUGGAGAGGAGGUGGGGUGUCUCAUGGACCAAGAGGACCGACUAGUUAUUACUACAUGUUGCCCAUGAAAGUCCGAGUUCAGGGACUCAAAGUGGCGCUGACCUCCAAACUGGCUCAGGACUACCUUCACAUUGUGGACUCCUUGAACAUCCCCACGCCGGACUCUCAGUACCUGCUGGAGCUGAUCAGAGACAGAUACUGGGGCCAGUCGGUGCUGAUGGUGGAUGUGUGUGAAGAGUUUCCUGAAAACAUCCGUCAGGCCACAGCAAGCUUAAAGACGGUGAACAUCAUUCCUGCCAUCGGUCUGAACGUUCACAGCAUCCUGAAACACGAAGCCGUCAUCCUCACCUUGGAAACCGUCAAGUUUCUGGAGGAGAAGCUGCUGUGGCAUGACCAGCGUUACUCGCCUCUGUACCCGUUCAGACUGCCGUACUCUGACUUCCCCUGAGAGCAAAUGACUUGGAAUAAACUCACUGACAUCGAG